AUGCCCCGCAGAUCUGACCGACCUGGCGGCAAGAAACCGGUCCACUGGUGGUCAACUGAAAUUGCCCAACUGCGGUCGCGGUGUCUGGCGGCCAGGAGGGCCUACCAGAGGUCGCGCGGGCGACGGGUUGCCACCGAAGGCGUGGAGGAACUGCGGCGCGCCUUCCAAGACGAGCGCAAGUCCCUCAGGCUCGCUAUCAGGAAGGCCCAGGAACAUAGCUGGAGGGAACUCUGUAGGGCGGUCGAGAACGACCCGUGGGGCCUACCUUACAAACUGGUCACCAAAAAGCUGAGGACGGGGAACUCGGGGGCCCAGGCGUGCGGUCGUGAAGCCAUGAUCGUCGACGGACUGUUCCCGGAUGACCCACCCGUGGACUGGGCAAGGGUCCCGCUCCCGAGAGCGGGCGGAAUGCUCGCACCGCUAUUUUCCGCCACCGAACUAGAGGCGGCGGCCUGUCACCUCCCCCCCGGGAAGGCUCCUGGCCCGGACGGGGUUCCAAACGUGGUGCUGAAGCGAGCAUGCGAAAUGAUUCCUGCAGUGCUCUUGGACGUUUUCAACCGCUGCCUGGGGCAGGGGGAGUUCCCUCGGAUGUGGAAGAGGGCCAAACUCGUGCUACUGCACAAAGGGGCGGACAAACCUCCUGAUGAGCCCUCCAGCUAUAGGCCGAUCUGGUCUGCUGAGCACCGUCGGGAAACUAUACGAGAGGCUGUUGCUCGGGCGGGUCAACACCCACCUCAAUAA